AUGAGAUUGGAUGAUAAGAUAUAUGCCGUUAAAAGAGUACAAUUUAAAGACAAAGAAAACAGAGUUUUAAAAGAAGUGAAAAGUUUGUCAAAAUUGGAUUCAAAUUUUGUCGUUAAAUAUUACAACUCGUGGACCGAAGGCAAACACUUGUACAUACAGAUGGAGUACUGCCCGCAAACACUCGCAGAUGUGCUAAAAGACAAAGAGCGGGCAUUUGGCAGACAAUCACCGGAUGAAUCGAUGACAGUGUUUGAGUAUUUCAUGUCAUGUGAAUUGUUUCGAGAACUUUUGCAAUGCCUUGAAUAUCUUCAUAACCAGAAUCCUAAAGUUAUUCAUCGGGAUCUUAAACCAUCUAAUAUACUAAUAUCGCGUACCAUUACUAAUAACACAUUUAUUAAACUCGGUGACUUUGGUUUGGCCACUGAACACCACCGGCCAUCUAAUAGCCACACCCGAGGGGCGGGAACUCCUGAUUAUAUGGCACCCGAAGUGCAUCUUUAUAAUACAUACGAUUGCAGGGCUGAUGUGUAUAGUCUCAGCCUACCAAACGGCCCACCAGUGAUCAAGUACUGGAAGAGAUUAGCCAGUGGUCAGUCGAUAAUGACAUAA